AUGAAGUUAGUCAGGUUUUUAAUGAAGCUGCAUAAUGAGACAGUUACUAUAGAGUUAAAGAAUGGAACGAUUGUACAUGGAACGAUAUCAGGUGUAGAUGUUAGCAUGAACACACAUUUGAAGACAGUGAAGCUGACACUGAAGGGCAAGAACCCUAUCAAUUUGGAUACUCUGAGCAUCAGAGGCAACAAUAUUCGUUACUACAUAUUACCAGAGUCACUCAACUUGGGAACAUUGCUCGUCGACGACGGUCCCAAGAAGCCAAAGAAGAGACCAGCUGCUCCAGAGAAACCAAAGGCAGUCAUUGGAGGAAGAGGUGGACGUGGUGGAAGAGGUGGAGGCAGGGGUGGCAGAGGAGGCAGGGGUCGUGGAAUGUAA